AUGUAUUCUUGGUCAUAUCUUGGAGCCUCAGCGCUGAUACUCGCAAACAUGGUCUCCGGUCUCAGCGUCAAACUCGACGCCAAGGCUGGAAAAUCUUGCGAGUACACUGCGCCAUGGCAGACGCUCCCUAAACUUCCGCCUAUGCCCAAGGCCAACUUCAAGGGCACUGCACCGAUUGACGGCAUUGAUCUCUGGUACGCGACGUUCGGAAGACCGCUCAAGGAGACCAAGGCGAAAGGCCUUAGCCCUGUUGUUUUUCUCCACGGUGGCUUUGCGAAUAGUGAUUACUGGGCCAACCAGAUCCGCUAUUUUAAGGAUCACCCCUACACUUUGAUCACAAUUGACUCGCGAGCUCAGGGGCGUUCGUCAGAUGAUACAAGCCGUCCUUUGACCUACGAUCUCAUGACCGAGGAUGUCAUUGGCUUGAUGGAUCACCUUGGAGUUGAGAAAUUCUCAACUGUUGGUUGGUCUGACGGCGCUUGUAUUUCUUUUGACCUCGCCAUGAACUUUACUUCUCGCCUCGACCGUAGCUUUGCAUUCGGCGGUACUUAUAGCCCCGCGAACAUCAAUUCGACAAUCGGAGACAGUCCCGUGUUCACUGAGUAUCUGGAGAGAGCUGAGGCGGAGUGGAAGAAGAUGACCCCAUCCAAGGGCUCGUUCCAGGACUUUUCAGACAGAAUGAACACAAUGUGGGCAACCCUGCCAGACUGGGAUGCAAAGUCCUUUGCCACAAUUCCCACGCGAUACUCUGAUCCUAAUGCUCCCAUCAUGUGGAUUGUCGAUGGUGACUCUGAGGAGGCUGUCAAUCGCACCGUCCCCGCUGAACUCCAUAGCUGGAUCUGGGGCUCUGAUCUUCUUCUUCUGCCCGGAGUCAGCCACUUUGCUUUCAUGCAAGACCCCAGCACGUUCAACGUCAAUCUUGAGCGCUUCCUCGAGAUGCCUCGGUUCCCUGGAGAGCUCUAGAGUAUCACUCGAUCGAAAUACCUAAUAUCUGAUGGUAUUUAGCAUAAUGGUCUGCUGCGAUGAUAAGAUCAACAUGGGCCACCAUUCAUUCAAUUAGUUGAAAUAUAAGAACCUAAUACUUGGCAAAACGAUGAUUGUAAUUACCACAUCCACUUCUUCGCAAUUUCACCCCACUAUUUAGGAGGCGCACGACAGCGAUGCUUGAUUCAGAUAUUUUAAUAGCAACUUAUAAGCCA